AUGGAGAAAGACAGUAAAGCUUAUGCCCGAGGGUGUGAAAAAUGCCAAAGACAUGGACCGCCCCAACAUGUGCCCUCAAUACCCUUGAACCCCGUGGUCAAGCCUUGGCCCUUUAGAAGGUGGGCAAUUGACUUCAUCGGACAAAUUUAUCCAGCUUAUAGCAAAGAACACACAUUAAUAAUCGUGGCAACAAAUUACUUCACCAAGUGGGUGGAAGCUUCAGCUGUGAAGACCAUUACUUCAACUGCAGCCAAGAAGUUCAUUCAAACCAAAAUCUUACACAAAUUUGGGGUGCCCGAGACAAUUGUCACAGACUGUGGGCCAUCUUUUAUUUCAAGGGAAGUAGAAGAGUUUGCAAGUAAGUUCAAGAUAAAGAUGAUUCAGUCUAGUCCUGACUACCCCCAGUUAAAUGGUCAAGCAGAAACCAGCAACAAGGUCUUGGUGAACAUUAUCAAAAGAAAUAGUCCAGAGAAGUGGCAUGAGAAAUUAGAAGAGACUUUGUGGGCUUACAGAACUUCCAAAAGGACAACAACUAAAACUACUCAUUAUGCUCUAACCUUCGGGCAAGACGCUGCACUCCUCAUAGAGAUAAAUGUAAAUUAUAUCAGAAUUCAGAACCAAUUCGGUCUACACAGCGAGGAAUACAUUUAG